CCCUCAGUGCUCGCUCAACACUGGCGGGGUAAGGGCGCAGGGAGAGACACGACGCUCAGUUACUGACACACACUCAAUACCACGAGGGUCUUACGUCUUGGCUUGGAGCCCAAUUGCUUCCCACUGCCUCUCCCUGCUUGCACGUUCCUCCCUUACUGCUUACACGUGUUCCCCCCUCACUAUUAACACAUCUCCCUCACCAUCCGCUUCCCUCUUUUUACUCAGUCCCUUUACCUGCACUACCGCAGUCAACAGUUAUAAAAUUUACAAUUUACACGCAUCGUAAAAGGACCAAAAACACAGCAGUGAGUUCUAAAUACAUCGGUGGAGAUGCGUGUUGUCAACGGCACCUGCACGACAUGACCACCACCAGCCGUGCAACUUUCCCCUGCAGACUGCGAGCUCCAGUUCCCUGGAAUAGCAACGGACCAACGACAGUCGUCACAACUGGUGGGAGAGGUUGCCUUGGCGUGGGUAUUAGGCGGUAAUGAAGUUGCCGAGACUCCGCCUCCGUAGCGUGGCGCUCCUGAUGGUGUUGCUGACGCUGGCUGUGUUACUUCUGAACUCUCCACCUCCUGCUCACCACACACGUCUCCUAGAGAAACUCCCCAGACGGGAUAAUCCUUCCCUCUAUCUGGUGGCGACGGCUGGUGCUGAUGAAGAACGUGUGGAACCCCUCCAACAGCCCGUUACCUCCCUGCGGAAGGUCGAUGGGGGAAAAUACGCAGCCUGGCUGGAAAUGAGAACAAAGGAAACGUACGCUAAAGAGCACAUUGAAAAGGGCCCCAUAGCUGAAAGGCUGCAGAAAGAAAUUAUAGCAACGAGGGAUACUUUUCCAAUUAAGUCCAAGAAUGAUCCGAGGCCGAAGAAAUCUCACGAGGAACAAGCAUUUGAGGAAACAGCAGAGAGAGCAGUACUCUCAGACAGGGAGAUUGAGAUGGUGCAAGGACCUUAUAUGGAAGAAUUCACCCCAGAGAACUUCGUCGAGGUGAAGAAGAUCAACCCAAUCACUACCAGGAAUAAUCUUGACGAGCACCGAGAAAGGCAAGUGAUUAUCAGCCAACGGCAGCCCCCAUCGCCCAAGUACACAGCGCAGGCGCUCAGAGAGAGAGCUCUUGCAUUCCCCAAAACGUCGGCACUGCGAAAAUUUCUGGAAGAGCAAGAUCGCCGAGCUAAUCAUGUAUCAAAAAGCUGCGGAAACCAAAUAUUAACUGCGGAGGGCAACAUUGGCAUUAUGCAUGGACCUCCAAGGGACUUUUUAGGUGCCAGAGACAUUAUUUUUGACAGUACCAAUCACUUGGCCUUCUGCCCAGUGUACAAGGCUGCCAGUACUUCCUGGUCCAUCACCCUGUUGGAAAUUGGAGGCUACUGGAAGGAAAAUGUCAAGGGGAACUCUUUACAGUUAUUCCUGAAGCAAGUCUAUCCUAGGAUAAGCAACUUGGCUGCAUCCUCGAUCACUGCUCACGCUACUCGCUUCAUGGUGGUUCGACACCCGUUCGAACGUCUCCUCUCCUGCUACAGGAACAAGUUCCAGGGCGCCAGCAAGAGCUACUAUUACCUGAACUACGGCGAGAAGAUGGUCAGGCGGUACAGGAAGUUCCCAUCUCACCUCUCCAUUAAACAGAUAGCGCUGCUGCAGGAACAGGUGAGGUCCAAGGUGAGCAGAGAGGUUCCCGUAAUACUGCCGUACAACCCUUUCGCUGCCCCGCUUGGCCCCACCUUCUCAGAGUUCGUACAAUUCAUCCUUGACGCCAAGUACGACGAUGAGCACUGGCGGACGUACGAGGCCCACUGCUCUCCCUGCCUCAUACCCUUCGACUUCAUCCUGAGGUUCGAGUCACUCCCGGAGGAGGGCAAGCUGUUCAUCGAGUACCUCAACCGAACUGCUCAAGUUCGCCCUCGAUGGGACAACCCAACCCAGGGCACCACUACUGGGGAGGUGGCGUGUUCGUACUACUCGCAGCUCUCCCUCCCACACAUGCGCAAGCUGUACGCUAAGUACAAAAAAGACUUUGAUCUUUACGAGUACAGCCCCGAUAAGUAUUUCAGCUGUACUGAACUCGCUAACACAACCGCAACACCGUCAGUGAAAACGUAGUUAUUAAGACAUAUUAAUCAAUAAUAUAUAAGAUUUGCAGUGAAAUAUGGACCUAUUUAUGAUUCUAAAGCUCUAGUGACAAGUUUAUGAGGGACUUCCAACUCUAUGCUUACAUCUCCAAAAUAUGCUUUAAUUAUACGUAAGUGAACGCCUGAACAUUAAAAAGAAAAUUGGAUUUAAUAAUUUACGAAACAGUCACGAAUGCGCAAACUAUCUCGUGUGAUGAAAUACCUCACAUGAAAUACCAAUGAGAAGUAAACAUAAGAGAAGAUUAAAUUUUCUCGUGCAAGAUUCGUUUCGUAAGCUGGAAAAGUGUGAGAAAUGCAGUAACUUGAACUCACUGGCGAUGCAGCGUGACAGAAACUUCACCAUUUUCUUUAACCAAGCUGCAAGUAUGACUACAGUGUUUCUAAGGUUGACACGAACAGUCCUAGAUGAGUGCUUCCAGUGUUUGCUGUUGCUGUUGAAGAUUAAGCCACCACAAGAGGUGACACGGGCAUGAGUAUAGCUCAUUGGUGGUAGAUGUUUUGAGUGAAUGUGAUCUUUGGUCGUGUAACAACUUGCAGUGUCUCUGGGUCUCUGGUGCUACGGGUGUUUGAGUGCUUCUUAUCAGCCCUAAGAUAAUCUCUCGGUGAAUAACCACCGAGACGCGGACUACACCUCCCGGGAUAGAUAGGUUGUGUUGGGUUAAGGACUAUCUACAGUUUCAUUUCAUUUAGUUAAACAAGUUACACUUUUGUAUUCAACAACAUACAUACAUUAAUAAUCGUCUUAUUUAUUUAUUUGUUUAUUUAUUUAUUUAUUUGUUUACUUAUUUAUUUAUUUUAUUUAAUUGUUUAUUUAUUUAUUUAUUUAUGUAUUUAUUUAUUUAUUUAUAUACUAGAAGGUACAUUGGGUUGUGGGACUACAUAACAUUGGGCAUAAUAUUCUUACAAAGCCAUUAACACGCAAAGCGUUUCGGGCAGGUUUUAAAUUUACCUAAUAAACGUAAAAGUAUUCAUAAUUCAUAGCUACAUUGUAGCAGAAUUUGAGUUCAACAUAAUAACUACAAUAUAAAUUGAUAGCAUUGAUUAUGCUGGUGACGUUACAAUUCUUAAGUAAUACAGUUGGGUAAGUGGGUAAUAUAAGACAAGAUUAAGAUUAUACUCUCUAAAAUCAGAUAUAAUGUUCCCCACUCUACUCUCCUCUCAUUAUACUCCGCGCUAAUCUAUCCCUAUGGAUAAUAGGGAUACCUAUAAUCUAUCUAUACGGUAUCUAUGCUUGGGGUUCAACCUCUGCAAAUUACCUCAAGCCUAUCAUCACUCAGCAAAAAAUCUACUAUCAGAACUAUAACAAACUCUGUCUUCAGACAACACACAGCCCCUCUAUUUACGUCC